CUUACUCAACCAUUGCAAAUGCUGCACAACAAAGAACUGCUUCACGAUGGAAGCCUCUCCGAGAUCCUCGCACUAACCUCAAAGGCUACUAACAAGUAUAAAGAUCGCUCGAGUCUUCGUGCCUUGCCGAAACUCCUCUCUUCUAAUACCAGACAGAACAAAACAGCAAUCCACAAGCACAGCUACAUAUUCCCUUUCCACAAAGACACUACUAGCAGCAAAACUCACCACCCUUCCAGCAGUCACCCUGGUGCUCUCCACCACCCUCCGCAGCUCGCUCUCCUCCCUCCUCAAAAUCCCCUCCUCCAUCCGCACCAUGUCCACCACCACGCCCUCCACAGCCAUGAAAAUCACCAAGCGGCCCUGGUCCGCCCGCGGCCAGGCCGACCACGACUGGCUCUACUCCUUCCACACAUUCUCCUUCGCCUCGUACUUCUCGCCGCGGCACCAGUCCUGGGGCCCGCUGCGCGUCAUCAACGAAGACCGCGUUGCGCCAUCCACGGGCUUCGGGACGCACGCGCACGCCGAGUUCCUGAUCUUCAGCUACAUCGUCGCCGGCACGCUCGAGCACAAGGAUAGCAUGGGCAACCUGGAGUACCUGACGCGCGGGGCGGUGCAGUUCACAAGCGCGGGGACGGGCAUCCGGCACUCGGAAUGGAAUAGGGAUGGGAAGGAGGAAGUGCACUUCCUGCAGAUCUGGGCGAAGCCGGAUAAGCGCGGGCUCGCGCCGCACUAUGAGACGAGGAUGUGGAGCGACGAGGAGAAGACGGACAGGCUUGUGCGCGUAAUGGAGUACGCGGAUCGCCUUGGCGACAGCAAGGGCGCAAUUGGGCUCCAGGCCGAUCUGAGCAUGGACGCUUCGAUUCUCUCGCCCGGCAGGAAGGUCGUGCAUGAGGUUGUUGCGCAGGGCCCGCGGAAGGUUUACGUGCAGGUUGUUAUGAGCGGGCGGAAGCAGCCGAAGGAGGGCGGGGCGAAGAUUCGGAUCGGGGAUACGGUGCUGGGAGAGGGGGAUGGCGCGUAUGUGGAUGGGGUGACGGGGCCGGGGAGCAUUGAGGUGGAGAGUGUGGGGGAUGCGAGGGCGGAGUUUCUGUUGUUUGAUAUGGGCGUUGAGGAUGCGUGAUGGCGUUUACAUAGUGGAUUGAUAGAUUUGAGAUGGAAAUGAAUGAAGUGAACAAUGUUA